CACUCUCUCUCUCUCUUAAAUUCAAUUGUUGCCCGGAAGUACUUUGAUGGAGGUUCCGGUGCAUUUUGUGGCUAAGCUAUGGAGCUUCGUCUCCUUCCUGCCCUUCUUCUUCUUGCUUCUCAUCCUUGGCCUUCUCAAAGCUGCAAUCUUUGGGCCUGUGGUGGUGGGAAUUAUUGUGAUUGGAAAUUCAGCUGUAAUUGCUGGGCUUUUGUUAGCUCAUUUUGUCUGGACUUAUUACUGUGUAGCAAGAAGCAAGAGGCUUGGACUUGUGUUGAAGAUUCUAGUGCUGUUAUUGCUGCCAUUGCCUCUUGCCCUUUGGCCGGUUCUCGGAGUCGUUGGAAGCGUUUUAGGUGGGAUUGGAUAUGGGUUUUUUGCUCCCCUUCUUGCAACAUUUGAGGCUGUUGGGGAGAAUAUCACUGACAAGUUCUACCACUGUUUUAUUGAUGGAACUUGGUCGACAGUCAUAGGCGGGUGCAUAGUUGUGCAGGAUUUCACAGAUUUUUGCUUCCACUCUUACUUCUCCUACAUGGAUGAACUAAUUGAGCAGAUACCUGCAGAUGAAAAGCCAAUGGAUAUAGAGUUAUUAAAAUUGCCAGCUUCUUUGUUGGUGAGUCUGAUUGGAGUGCCAGUGGAUGUGCCUGUGAUUACAGCUGUUGCAAUAUGGAAAAGCCCGUACAUGCUGUUUAGAGGAUGGAAGAGGCUAUUGGAAGAUUUGAUAGGCAGGGAAGGACCAUUCUUGGAAACAGUAUGUGUACCAUUUGCCGGUCUUGCCAUUAUCUUAUGGCCUUUGGCGGUAGUGGGAGCUGUGGUAACUGCUUUCAUUUCUAGCUUCUUUCUGGGACUAUAUAGUGGUGCUAUUGCUUAUCAGGAAGACUCAAUCUGCCUUGGACUUGCCUUCAUAAUUUCUGCAGUUUCGCUAUUUGAUGAAUAUGUAAAUGAACUGCUCUACUUGAGAGUAGGGUCCUGCUUUCCCAGGUACAUUAUGGAGUGCCAUCCCUCUUUGAAACUUUAUAUUAAUGAUUGCAAUAUUUUAAUGUUGAUUAUGAGAUAUCCUGUGGCAGCCAGGCCAUUAUACCGUAGAAAUAUGUGCUCUUGCCCGGAAAGGAAAAAGUGCGGUGACAACGAUAAAAAGGAUUUGGAGAAUGGGAGAGAAGGCCCAUACACAUCAAAACUUAUCUCACAGCAAUCAAGAACAUGGAAGCAGGUGUGGGGCUGGCUGUUGAAGUCUUGUGAGAUUAAUGGCAGGAUACUCCUCCACGAUGGUCUGAUAGAUGUCAAGGAUAUAGAAGAAUGCCUUCUAAAGGGAAAUUGUAAGAAGUUGGGCGUCAAACUACCUGCUUGGUCUAUAUUGGAAUGCCUUCUUGCAUCAGCAAAAUCUAACUCAUCUGGGUUGGUGAUAUCCGAUGAUGUAGAGUUGACAAGGGCAAAUGGACCAAAGGAUAAAGUGUUUGAGUGGUUCAUUGGGCCAUUGUUGGUCAUGAAAGAGCAACUAAAGAACCUCCAAUUGAAUGUGAACGAAGAACUCUGUCUGAGAUAUUUAUUCAUGAAAAGCAACAAUGAAAAACCUGAGGAGUGGGACACCGGAUUUCCAUCUGGAGACCAUGUCAGAAGGGCACAGCUGCAAGCCAUAUUUAGGAGAUUGCAGGGGCUUGUAGCUUGCAUGUCACGGAUACCAACUUUCAGACGUCAUUUUAAGAAUUUGGUGAAGGUGCUGUAUAUUGAAGCGGUUCAGGCCGCUGCUUCAGCUAAUCAGAUAGGAGGAAUCCUAAAUCCCGGCAAUGGUGGCAAUAGCUUGAUUGGAAGCGAGGAUAGAAAAGAUGGAGAAGAAACUGUAGACAGAGCAAGAAAUAGUACAUAUGACAAUGGGAAUGUAGUGUGAAAGAGAUUUCUGUAAAAUUAUCUUCACAUAGAAGAUCAUGUUUGGAAGCAUCAUGAUUCAUGUUUCCAUUUUGUUUUCCUCUGUAUUUUGGAGAGAAGGAUUGCCAAUUGGGAAUGAGGAAAACCAGUUUGAACAGAAGUUUGGAUUUCAAUUUUGUGACAUAGUCUUCACUUGGGAAAUGGGAUUAUCUAAUUGUAGGCCUCUUUUAACUUGUAUUUUUUUUAUU